AUGGAGCUUAUACUGGAGUCCAGUGCGGAUAUUUGCAGGUGCUGGACCAGCGGCAACGGCAAACCCGCCCAAUGGUGGCAAGAGGGAUCCAUCAUCACUCGAGGUUUCUUUUUUAUCUCCUUUACAGUUAAAAGUGUUGUUUCGAUUUAUUUGGGAACAAAUCCUUUUUUCAGGAAAGUUCUUCUACGAGUGCAGCCGCGGUCAACUGGCACCCAGAGGAUGUUUCUCUGCCGACGAGAAAAAAGUCCAGAUCGGACAGACGUUCCAGCAGGACGGCUACGAGUUUCUUUGCUCUCUAGGUGCGUAAUCUUUUCAAAUAUAGGCUCAAGGCUCAUUUUCAAGUUAAAACCCAACGGAUUGAUUAUUUAAUGCUCAGGGGCUGAUGGCUACCUCGAAUUCAAGUACAGCGGUUGCAUCAGUCAAGAAGGCAAGACUUACGGCGUCGGCCAGACUUGGGCCGAUCCAAAGGUGAGAAGAACUGCUACGAAACAGUCAAAACUGUCUACUACUAACAUUUUCUGAUUUUCGUUCAAACUUAAUCAAAAUUUACUGACUUGAUAAUUAUUUCAACUCAGAUCUUGAAAUUAUCCUGGGAAAAGGUGCAAAUAACUCUAUUGAGAUCUAGAUCAAGAUUCUGAAUUUUUCAACAAGUAUGAUGUCAUAGUUUGGAAAAGAAAGGCUCAAAGUUUUUUUUAUUAGACCCAGCAAAAAAAUAUUUCAUAUCACCUUUUGAGAAACUUUCGCCCGAAGAUUUUCUCCUACCACGGAACUUUUGACUCCAAUUUCAAUGACAUAAAACGGGGGAAAUUGCUUUUCCAAACCGUUCACUAUCAAAAAAACCUGAAUUGGUUGGAAAACAGUCUAGCGAAAAAAAAAAUGGGAUAGAUUUUCAAAGACGUUCCGCGGGGAUUUUUUCAUCAGACGAGACAUUGUUGAUAAGAAGUGAUGCUGUCAAUCAAGAAAUUGUUGCGACAAGUUGCGAUCAAAGAAAGAGAUGAAAGUUUCCAAAGACUGAAGAAUGAAAAAAAGCUGAUAGCUGGGGUUUUUCAGAACACCUACUACUUCAAGUGCAAGGAGGACGGCCAAGUCGUGAAGAAAGUCGCCGAAGGCUGCAUUGCUCACGACAAACAAAGACGCGUUCCUCUCGGGGAAACCGACGACUUCCAGGGCUACACGUUCGUUUCUUCUUCUUCUUUCUUUUGUCCGAAAUUGCUCUAUAUUCCAAGAAAGGAAACAAUUCUUUUAGUUCAGAGUCUAAAUUGAGUAGAGAUCUAAAUAAUGUAAAUAUCUGCAUCUGUGAGCUAAAAUUUUCAGAUUUUUUUUACUUCACUUAACACUCAUCAAUCCUUUUAACAGUUCUGACUAGUGAGAUUUUUCCAAUGACGAUAAUUUCAGAAACUAAAUUAAAUUUUCGUUCAUCUUCAAUUGGAAAUCCUUUCCAAAUAUGAAACAGUGCAAUCACUUGAGUUCUGUUUUCAGAAAUAGUUCUAUGGAAAAAUUUUCAAUUAUCAGGGUUUUAAAGCAUUUACAAUAUAAUGUUUCAUUUUAACAUGAAAUUUUCCAAAAGAACUAUGUUAGAGAAAACCAAAAGAGACUUUUAGGUCAAGGUUUUUCGGCUUAGCGAUUAAAACUUUCUGAACAGUUAGUUUGCCUUCAUCUUGAAUUAAAACGGUCGGAAAGUGAUCUGCUCCGUCACUUCCGCUGCCACUUCGAGCGCAUCAAUCUCGGCUCCCCGCGGUGUCACUGUCACGAGAGACAUAGUUUAAUGGCGCCAGUCGGCCGAUUUUCUCACGUUCAGCGAUAACAAAAACUUCUGAUUUUUUCUAGUUGAUACCGCGAAAAAAAAAGGAUAGGGUCAAAAACUCGUUCGCUCUCACCCUCGCCGCCAUAUGUAAUAUUAAACAGCGCGGCGCCGUAAAGGGUAAAGACGAAAGAUUGGACUCGGCGUUUCAUUGAAACAGUCUCUCGCAUACGCGCAGACGUUCUUUGUAGUUUUGUAGGUAGAUGAAAUAUUUCAAUGCUAACUUCGAAUUUAAGAGAUAUAACUUUAGUUCAGCGGUGGAGCUUUACAGUUUAAACGAAGAAUUGGUAACACAUGAAGAUGUGAGCAUGGAAAAUACACUCUAGUUGUCAUUUCAAAAGGCUCGAUUUCAGAUACAAAUGCCAAGAGAAGAGCAACGGAGUGAUUCAAAUGUGCAGCGUCGGAUGUAUCCACGAAGGAGUUCGAUACGCAGUCGGACAGCAAUGGCAGGCAAGCCUUAACACUCUUGAAUGUUUCCAUUUUGCGUCCAGUUUCUUCAAGAUCUGAAACUUCUGGAAGCCUCUGAACCAAAAAAUCGUUUUUCUUUCCUCCAGAAACUUCCGCUUCGCUUUUGAUUGCUUGAAACCGGUUCUGCAACACAUCCUUUUUAUUGAACCUACUCAACGUUUUCUGUGUCCUUUUCUGGAAAACCGCAAAGAAAAAAAUGAGAUUGAUGGGUCUUUGCGACGAGAAACCGGCAGACAUCCUGACGCCUGGAUUUUUCGGAAGCGCAGAAGAUCAAAAAUCUGUUGUUGCCAGUAAAUAAUGGCACCCACAGAAAAACUAAAAGAUUAAUGAUUUAACAUUGAUGAGUUGAGAAUAUAUGAACUUAGGACGGAGACUACCUCUACUACUGCAAAACGCAAGGAGGAAAAUGCACAAAGCAGUGCAUCGGAUGCUACGCCAACGGCGACAAACUGUUCGACGGACAGCGCUACAAGAAGGACGGCACCACCUUCCAGUGCGAGGUGAGACUUCAGAAGAAGACGGAGGUCCGACCUCGCACUUUGCAGAUCCGCCGCGGAAUCCGACGCCAUCGAGCUGUCGGCUGUGUCAUCUCAGAGAACGGUAAAGAGGUGAACAAGGUGAUCGGCUGCCGUUGGUACCUCCACUCCCAAGACUCCAAGAUCGAGCAGACCUGCGAGACCAACGGACAGGCCACCAAGGUCGUCACCGUCGGCUGCAUCUUCCGUCAGGAUGUUAGUUGUUGGAUCUUGAAAGAACGAAUAGAUUUAUUUUGAAAAGUACGAAGAAUCUGAGUUUUAACAUAUAGAUAUUCCAUGACACAAAAGAAAAAUUGCACGUUUGAGAAAAUCGUUAGGCUAUAAAUUGUCUAAAAGAAACAUUAGAAAGUAAACAAUUCAUUCAAAUUUCCAUUAUCCGAGUUGAAAAACAGCGUUAUAAUUUUGAAUCUUCAUCUCCAUUUUCUAGGGAUUUGACCGAAUCUUCCUCGAGCCUGGACGCUACACCAUUUGGAACCUUCCCAAGCAACAGAAGGCCAUCGGAAUCGCCUGCAGAGUUCGUUUUCUAAACACUGAUCAAUCUCAAUUUCACCAUUUCAGGAGACGAGCACCGGAGCCGACCUCGAGACCUUCAACGUGGAACAGCUCGAAAGCCGCACCGUCGGCCUCAAGUACGACACUCCGCGCGGCAAAUAA